CUCAGUUACCUCAAAGUUUACCCUAGCAACCAUGGCGGAGGUAGACUCAGACAGCCAAAGUGAAGAUCGCCCGCCGAUUUACGAGUUUGAGGACCAGCAACUACUUGAUCUUGUGGAGGAACUCAGCCAUUCUAAUGCCAACAUCAAAGCAGAGACAGAAGUAUUUGAGAGGUACUUCUCUCGGAUUGACCCCAAGGACCUGUUGCCACAGCCCUUGGCAGAGCAGCCUCUUCUUGGCCUGUCCACACAGGAAUUUUCCCAGUUCCGAGGCCGGCGCAAGUCAAAGAGCCGCUCCAUGACAGCAGAGCGAUUGGUCCAACUGACCGUGGAGCAGAAGUGCGAUGUUGCCCAGCGGGAGCUGGAGGAGAUGAGAGAUGCUCUGGAGAGACUGAAGGAGGGAUCAGAUCGAGUUCUCAGCAACUACAAGGCCACUGUAGAAGAAAGUGAAAUCCGAAUGUGUGAGUUGAAGAAAGCUUCAUAUGAGUUUGACCGAGACAUCGGGAGAUCGAUGCGUGAGAGGAAGGGGGUCAUGAUGGGGGCGGAGAAAGUGAUACGCUACAUUGAGGAGAAGACCCGAACAAAGGAUACACUCAUAGAGAAACUGCGGCUCAAGAAAGCAGCCCUGAAGGUGCAGAAGAGGAAGCUGCAGAUGCAACUCAAGCAGAAAGAGGAGAUGGGCGAGGCUCUGCACGAGGUGGAUUUUCAGCAGCUGAAGAUUGAGAACAGCCAGUACCUGGAGAAGAUCGACGAGAGGAACCAGGACCUGCUGAGACUGAAACUUCUGGCUGGAAACACCCUGCAGGUCCUCAACGCAUACAAGAAAAAGCUGCAGAAUAUGACCUCGGAGUCAAACAAUCUGACCAGCGAGCUUUUAUCAAGGAAGGAAAUGCUGAUGAAAAUAGCUGCUGAAACACUACAAGUAGAGGAGGAGCGUUCCAAGGCAGAGACCGUGAACAAAAGGCUGCGAGGACAGCUAUCAGAUUACCAGGUCCCCAAUGUCCUGGAGUACGUCACUGGGAAAGCCAGCCACAGUGAUCUGGAGCAAAGUGUUCACAUCUGGGAGCGCAAGGUGGAAAUUGCAGAGAUGGCCCUGAAGACACAUGUCCAGACAUGGAACAAGCUGAAAAUGGCAAAUGGCAAAACCCUGGACUGGCCUCAGUUGGCAAUUCUCCCCCAGAGACAAUAAACGUACCAGGAAGGAAAUCAAAUCAUCAGCCAGAACGCAGAGCAAAAGAGACAUUUUGUAACAAUUCAUUUGUUCAGUCUUUUAAAAAACACAUCAUUUAUUGAGCAAUGUAUUGUUAUUAGUUAUGUUGCUUGUAUAAUUCAUACUUACUAAAUCUAAAAUAUUAUAAUUCAAUAGAAAUAUGCAAUUACAUGAUACAUCUCAUGAUAAGAAUAACUAUUUUUGUAUGUUUCAUCACAUACAUAUUGUUUAUUUUUUAUUUACAUUGUUGGCCCUAUUCCUAUCAAAAGUUAUUAUCCUUGACUGGACAUCCAAGUCCCUGGCAAGGGGAGAAACUGAUUAUCCAAUUGAGUUGAAACUACAUUCAGGAGAGCGAUCCCAUAAGUGGGUGUUGUCAGCUGUCAGCCUCUGUAGGACAAAUGCAAGUCCUGCAGGUGUUCGAGUGAGCUCAAUGGUAUCUGGCAGGUAGGGUUCCCUGUAGUGCGAUGAGGACAUACAGUCCCAGUUGAUUUUGCCUUCCUAAUCAAUAAGAGCACCAAAGCCAAUGGAACGCUCCCUGUGGAAUCCCCAGCAAGAGCCACUCUGGGACCUACCAAGGACAUUCCUUUGCAUAGGUUACUGAUAAUAUCAUAAUCUGGAGGUAAAAAGAGGCUGUCAAAAUUACAUUUUUACAUAUAUGUAAAUGAAAACUUGUCCAAUUGUGAUUAAAAUCAUAAAGGACCUUCAUUGGCUCAGAUUGUUGAGUAUAUCAUAAUCUGAGGGUGAAUGGAGGCUAUGGUAGUCUGAUCUUUUGCUUAUAUUUUACAUACUGUAUUAUCUUGAGAACCUCUUAUUCAAUUGUUUUUAAAAGAACAUCCUUUUGUAAGUUUUUAAAAAUAGCAGACUGUUUAUCCUGGGUGACACACAUGCAAUUGUGGAGAAACUUGCACAGGUAAAUGCUUGUAUCAUUAUUUUUAUUAUCUACUUAUUUAACAAGACGUGUUUAUCUAAGGCAGCUUACAGAGACUAGGAUGUGUGAACUAUCAGCUGCAGAGUCACAACAACAUCUCACCCGAAUGUGUCUAUCUGUGAGUGACUAGAGGUGUCCUGUUUGUCUGUUACAGGUCAUAAAUCUAAUAGUUAGGACACUGUUUAGCAUGUGAAGUAUCAACCCUAGCUUUCAUAACAAUUAAAACAGUUUCGUGAAUACCAAACUUUAUUGAAUUAACCCACGGUUUAAAAAAGUACUAGGUAGACUGAUGUUGUUUAAGUUGCACAAUGAGUUACAGAUGAAUGUUUUAAGAACACUACCUGUGUUAUCUUGAAGAAACUUAUUGUUCUUAUACAGUGCAAACAUACUAAGUUCAAUAAACAGUAUGUGGGUAAAACCACCAAUGAUGACCUGCA